GACAGCCCAGACGUUUGGGAUCCUGAAUCCGAUCGCCCCCGAGGAAGGGAGACCUCUCCGCUGGGCCCCCCCAGUUUGGGCCGGUGUCGCCCCAGGAAACGACUUUAGCAUGAUGUCGUAUCUCAAGCAACCGCCUUAUUCUGUCAACGGUCUGAGUCUCACCACUUCGGGCAUGGACUUGCUUCAUCCUUCGGUUGGCUACCCCGGUAAGACUGCGCUGUGCCCGGUAGCCACCCCGCGGAAGCAGAGGCGGGAGCGGACCACCUUCACCCGAGCCCAGCUGGACGUGCUGGAGGCCCUCUUCGCCAAGACACGCUACCCCGACAUCUUCAUGCGGGAGGAGGUGGCCCUCAAAAUCAACCUGCCGGAGUCCAGGGUGCAGGUUUGGUUCAAGAACCGCCGGGCCAAGUGUCGACAGCAGCAGCAGCAACAGCAGCAGCAGCAGCAGAAUGGGGGAGGAGGAGGAGGGGGCGGCGGCCCCGGCCCCAACAAGGUGCGGCCCCCCAAAAAGAAGAGCUCCCCGGCCCGGGAGGGCAGCGCGGACCCCGGCCCCAACGGCCACUUCACGCCCCCGCCCACCACGGCCUUGCCAGCCUUGCCCACCGCCGGAGGAGCAGCGGCCGCAGCAGGCGGCGGCGGCGGCGGAGGGGGCGGCAACCCCGUGUCCAUCUGGAGUCCGGCCUCCAUCUCCCCCCUGUCCGACCCCCUGUCCACCUCUUCGUCCUGCAUGCAGCGCUCUUACCCCAUGACUUACACGCAGGCCUCGGGCUACGGCCAGGGCUACGCGGGCUCUGCGGCCUACUUCGGGGGCAUGGACUGCGGCUCCUAUCUGAGCCCCCUGCCCCCGCAGCUGACCGGUCCGGGGGCCGCCGCUCUCAGCCCCAUGGCCCCCAACGCCGUGGCCGGUCCCCUCAACCAGCCGCCGGCCCCCCUGGCCGCCCAGGGCUACGGAGCCUCGACUUUGGGCUUCAACUCCCCCGCCGAUUGCUUGGAUUAUAAGGACCAGACCGCCUCCUGGAAGCUAAACUUCAACGCUGACUGCUUGGAUUAUAAAGACCAGACGUCCUCCUGGAAGUUCCAGGUUUUGUGAAGACCCUCCGGGGGGUGGGAUCUGAAACGCAAAACGCCCACAAGCCCACACAAAAAAUUACACACACUCACUCACACACACACACACACACACACACACACACACACACACACACACACACACAGAGAAAAAGAAAUCCACUGGGACGAUAACCCGGCGCGGAUCGCCUAGGCCUCGGUGGAAAGG